AUGGAUUACAAACAGUCCUCUGAGAAUAGGUUGCUUCAGUUAAACAACUUAGAUGAAUUUAAAAUGAACUCAUAUGAAAAUGCUAAGUUGUACAAGGAAAAAAUGAAGCGAUGGCAUGAUAAUCUCAUUCAGGAAAGGUGUUUUGAGCCAGGCCAAAAAGUGCUAUUGUUUAAUUCUAGGCUUAAGCUUUUCCCUGGCAAACUGAAAUCAAGAUGGUCUGGUCCCUUUGAAAUUGUAGAAGUUUUUCCACAUGGGGCAAUAGAAAUUCAAUGUGCCAAAGAUGGCAGGAGGUUCAAGGUAAAUGGCCAGAGACUAAAAAUCUAUCAAGGUGAACCUAUAACCAGAGACAAGGCAGUUGUCCCUCUGGUAGAGCCUUCUAAAUCACUCAAUAUUUUGUUGCAGUAG